GUGACCCCCCCCCAAAAAAAAAAAAAAUCCAAACUUUUUACAUGGAGGCUGAGAGCGUCCACAACACAACCCGUGCAUAAGGCUCCGAAUUCCAAGCAUUUUACAUGGAGGCUGUGAGAGCGUCCGCAAUGCAACCCGUACAUAAGGCUCCGCGGCAUCAGCUGUUCGACGUGUUUUAUCGUGCUCUCCAGACGCGCACAUGGACCCCGGUGGUGGCCUUCAUCCCCAAUGACUUACUGUAACCUUUUUAAUACCCUUUGACAGUGUUCUGGAGCUCGAGGGACACGGGGCAAGAUGGGGGAACGAGCUGGAGUCUCAAAGAAAAAGUCGUCAAAGUCCAUGAACCAAGUAGAACCCUCCAAAAACAAGUCAGCUAAAGCUUGGGAGCAAAGUAAAGGUGACAGCGCUGAAUUGAAUCACAACUACUACAGGUGGUUACAGUCAGCACUGAAUUCAGCUGUAGGUGAACAUAGAUGGGAAGAUGCCUUUAAACUGCUGCCGUGUCUCAUCCUUCAUAGGUGUUAUAAUGUGUCUUCAGAUUUCCUGUGGAGGAUGAUGAACAUAAUUACAAAAAGUGCUAAGGAAGUCCCUGAGGGUCUGGGAAAAAGCAUGAGUCGAGACUUUUUGCUGUUGCCCACGAAAACAAUUGUUGUUGUACUCGACACUUUGGCUGAAGAACUUGAGACUGCAACAGAUGAAAGAAUCAACGAAAUCCUGCAGAUGUUGGAAGAUUACAAGUAUGACAGAAGAUCAGAAAAGUGGUCAGUGAGGAAUAAGGAUGUUCGCUUGACUUCAUUAAUUGAUGCUUACAGAGGCCUUGUGCUUUAUUCUCGCUGGAAAAAUCAUACUUACUCCAAUCAGGACUCCUCUGCAGUACAAGAGAAAAUUACAGGCUCUUUGGAAGACAUUUCAGAUGAAGAAAAUGAAGAUGGAAGCAAAGAUGGCAACAGAAGAUUGGUUACUGAAGCACAUUCAGCAUUAAGAAGAGCUUUAUGUAACCUUGCUGAGCCAGUAGAGUGGAUCAUAGUACCUUACUUAGACCUGGAGAAUGAACUGCGUGGUCCAGAGUCGGCACUCUCAGUACUUCAGGAUUAUGUUAGCAAGAACCUUCAACAUCUACCAGCUCAACACUUAGUUUAUAACUUUCUAAGAACUUUUGUACCUAACAGUAAUGAGACUCAGAUGUCUGCACUGAAGGAGAUAACUAGGGUGUGCCCAGAACACCCACUUACUUUAGAAUAUGUGGAUAGACUGCUAGCUGAAGCUUGUGACGAAGAGGUUUGGAGGCGAACAGAAACAGCUGUUGACAGCGAUGAGAUGGAGAGUAAGGCCUCUGUGAAUCAGAGCAGUGAUUCAGAGACCGAAACUCAAAGUUGUGGCUUGAAAUCAGAUAUACAAGUGGAAUCCCUGGUGAGGGCUCUGAACCUUUUGACAAACUUGCUUGAGUACAAAGAGUGGCGAUGGAAAUUGCAACCAUGGCAGACUCUCACACACCUUCUCCGUAAAUUUUAUUCAUCCUGGCUUAGAUGCUGGAAGUGUCCAUAUUGCCGUAAAAGUCGAAAAUCGGUGAGGCAAGUUUCGAAAAGCGUAACACCUUUGUGGAAAUAUUAUGUUUGGGUUCCUGUCCCUGUCUCCCUAACUCCAGAAAAAGCACAGGUCAUCUUUCAUCAUAUAUAUUCUGCUCAUGUAUUUUGUUACAAUCAAACUUAUGUUCGUGAUGCAAUAUCAACUCUCCGGAAAGCAAACUACAAAGUGUUAUGUAAUGAAUUGAAGGAGUCAUUAUAUCCACAAAAAACAUAUUUAGAUAAGUUCUUGGCCUACAGUUUGAAGAAAUCAGACUUUCAGAUGGUUGACAGUGUGGAGGUCAGCUCUUCAACAAAAACAGGAGAAAAAGAAGCCAGCACAAAGAAGAGAAAGGCAAAGAAGAAUGCAGUAUAUGAUAUACAGUUUUCAGAUGAUGAUCUGCCUCCCAUAGUAACCAGGAAGAAAUCUGUUUCAAAAACACUUAGUGAGUUACCUUUUCCAGAUGAAGACAAUAAAAAGAGUCAGCGGAAAGGUCACACUAGAGUAUCUACAGAACCUAUUGGUGUGAAAGAGGUAAAGUCUACAGUUGCCAGUAAAUUAACAUCUCUGUCUACUCCACCUACACGGAAUAUUAAAUCUAUGGUUCGUAAUCAUAGACCAUCUCUAGAUGAAGGAAAUAGAGAAACUAGUUUCUUGAACUCUGACAUCUCAUUUCACGAAGAUUUUCUUUUAACCAGUACUCAAGUAAGACCUGGAAAUAAACAGAUAUUAGAUACUUCACUUGGAGAAAGUCCUGCAUUGCUGCCAGCCCACAAGGAGAGAGACACUUUACGAGAGAAGGAAAAAAGUAAACUGAAGUUGUCAAAGGCAAAAGAGAAACAUAGGAAUGUAAAAGGAAAACAGAAGGACUUUGAAAUAAGUAGUGAUGAUCCUGAUGAUUGUGCUAAUGAAGAAAGGUCUGAUGUUAAUAAUCACACUGAAGCUUCCAAGUUGAAUAGUUCCUCAGCUGAGGAGUAUGUUACUGUCAAUGAAACCACUGAAGAAACAGCAAAUAUCACUUGUAAUUCUAAUGUGAAAAAUGCACAUCUAUUAAGCAAAAAAAGUAUCACUUCCUCCUUGAACACAACAUAUACUUUAGAAAGCCCCAUGACAAGUAUGGCAAGUAUAAAUGAAGGCAGUGUGCAAGUAAAUAAUCCACCUAGAAACAAGAAAAGGAGUUCUACAGAUGUAUGCAGUACCAACAUUGUUGGUAAGACACAUGACAAGACAGCAGAGUGUUCAAGUCCAGAGCCUGAAGAUUAUUUACCUUGUGGUCAAAGACCAAGAGAGGACAGGUCUAGCGGAUACAAAGGUGGGAGUUCCGAAGAUCAGAACGAAAGUCCUCUGGCCAAUACAGGAAAUGAUAGUGUAUAUUUUUGUUACACUGCCCUCCCAACACACAUUAACCCUGCUGUACUUGUGCUGGACAGCCAGACUGCCUCUGAGCAAAACAACUGUCUUGUUGAGGAAACCUUAACAGAAACAAACAGCAGUCCACUUGAUAGCUACAAAGGGAAAUGUGUAAUUCAAGAAACCCAAAGUCAAGAAUUUUUUCCCCCUUCUGUUGUAGGCUCCACAUCAGAGAUGACAGAUUUUACUAAUCCAAAUGGGUGUGGCUUAGAUGCUGGAAAGAAUUCUGUUAAAGUAGAAUGUGAGGAUACUGGCACACAGUAUAGUGAAAACAGUGAACCUUUCUCCCUGACGCAGGGACAGCAGGAACCCAUGCCUUUCAGCCAAAAUGCCCAAGAGCUUGUUUACUCAGCAGAUGUUACAGAUACCACAGACUUCACUACAUUCUGUAAAACAGAACUGACAUCACCAUUUUCAGAAAAAGAAUAUAAAAUCUUUGAGGUACAGUAUGAAGAUAUUGAAGAAAAGGCAUUGUCUCCUAGUACAUUAGAAGUAUGUAAUUCUGUAAAAGAAGAAUCUGUUACAGUUGGCAAUCCUACAUCUGUUGUUCAUGGUACUAUAGUUGAGUUCAGUGACAUUGAUAAUGACAAGUUUGCAUCUCCUAAAUGUGCUGUAGAGGAAAUUAUUCAUUCAAACUGUCUAGAUACACCCACAGCAGUGGCUUCUAAUGAAGAAACUAGUGACGGUGAAGAAGUAAUAGGGCCAAGUCAAGAAUUAGUUGCAACUAGUCCACCAAAUUUUAAAAGCUUUAACAGAUCAAGUAGAAGUUGUGGCAGUGCAUCAGGUGGCAGUUUUGUGUCUAAUACAAGUGGUGAAAGUGAGCAAGAGCAGACAUCUCUCAGCAUAUAUAGUUCACUAAUAGCUCUACAAGAGGUUUCGACCACUGUUGCAGAAUCAGAAAAAAUAGGAAGAAAAAAUGAAGAAAAGAAUAUUUUAGAGGUACUUCCUUUAAAUUCAUCAAAGGGCUCAGUACAGGAAGAAAUGGAAUAUGCAACAUUGACUAGCAAGGAGAAACAGGGAGGCAAUCAUGGUAAAGGAUUGAGUGACUUGCAAUCUUCACUGAUCCAAAACCAAAGAGGGGAUGUCAAAGUUCAUAAUACUAGCUCAGUAUCUAACAUCACCUUGGUGGCUAAUAAUAAAGAACCAGAAAUACUAGAUGUUCUAUGUGAGAGACCUGUUAAAAGUGACCAUAAUUCAGAUGAGUCAUUUGUCACAGCAGAAUCUGUAGGAGACAGAUUAUCAAGGGAAUCUCUUCAGAGUGUUGAUACAAAUGAUGAUUCUGAAUCACAGAAUUCCAAUACUUCCAAAUUAAGGAUAGAUAUUAGUAAUUCAAGAAAUUCCUCUGUUGCAGAAACCACAGCUAUCCAGGACAGAUGUGACCAGAAUGCCAAGAAAAAUAAAAAGAAUGGCAAAACUACAGAAAAUAGUGAUAUAUCUGCAACAGUUGAUGCACACAAAAAUCAAGGGGUGGAUUCAGUGACAAAUGAUGUGGAAAAUACAGAAGUUGAUUCAUUUGAAACGGCUCUUAAUGAAAGUCAGAAAGGUAAUUAUGUUAAGCAAAAGAAAAAAUCUUGUGCACUAGAAUUACUGGAAGAUAUGGACAGUGAGUUAGUUACAAACAAUGUAGAAACAUUUAAAUCUAGAAAGAAGAAAAGGGAAAAGAAGCCAGAAAUCACAAUAUUACCAACAAUGCAGGUAAAUGACAUUCCAAAUUCCGAUGAAGUUGAUGGUAGUGCAUAUGAAACAUCAAAGAAAAGCAAAAAAGGUAAGGAAAAGAAGAGGAAAGAAAAGACUUUAGAUAAGGUCAGUGAAAAGACAAAGCAAACAAACUUGGUCUCCCACAGCUCAAAAUCAAAGAAAAAACAUAAAAGUGACAUAAUAGAGACCGAAGAAGCCUGUGAUAAAUAUUGGUUAGAUUUAUGUACUGAUCUUCCUUUCCCCGAUUUAGACAAAGAGAAUGAGAUUCUUGUGUCAGAGAACAGUUCUUCUAAAUCAAAGUCCCAUAGCACAAAAACAAAAAAUAACACUUCGAAGGCAUCUGUACUUAAGUUCUCCUUAAUAGAUUCUGAUGAACUGGAACUUCCUGAUUUUGACAAUUUGGUACCUGAAGAAUCCAUCAAGGAAAAAGUAGAUACUAGAAAAAGCUCCAGAAAUAAGAACAAAAAGGAACAAAAAGAGAGGGAUAAAUCAGAGGAUCAGGGGAAUAAGAAAAAGUGCCUUGAAUCCAAGGAAGAUGUGUGUCAAGAUGUCUCUGAAAGUCAGGAAAAGAAAAGAUCCAAAAAGAAAAAACUACAAAUGUGUUCUGGUCAAGAAGUUGAUGUUUCUGAUAUUGAAUUUGAUAAAAAGCACAAGCCCACAAACAAUAUGGGGCAAAAAGUUAAUGAGGGUUCGUCUCUUCCCACAAAACGAGAAAAGAAAAAGCACAAAAAGGAAAAAGAUGACUUUAUUACAUGUGAUCUUUUACCCUUCCCAGAUAUCGAAAUUGAAGGCUGUUCCAUCUCAAAAGCAGAAAAUGAGACGUGUUUUGCUAAAUCUGAGGAUGGGAUUGUCUCGCAGAAAAAGAAGAGGAAAAAUGAAGAUAUUGACGUCAAGGCAAUAAACACAAAGAGGAAAAAGAAAGAGUAUUUGGAAACUAGUACCAAGAAAGACAUUAAAAAGUGUAAUGGAGAUACAAGUGUCAAAGCAACACCAGAAGUUUCUCAGGUAAAUGGUCACUAUGACUGCACAGACUUGGUUAAAAGGAAAAAAAACAAAAAGAAUAAAUCUAAAGCUACUGAAGAUGAAUUGCUGACAGGUUUUGAUGUUGAAAGUGUCUUAGACUUAUUAAAUGAAAAAGAUGAGUAUUCUAAAAGAGAUACAGAAAAGAAAAACAAGAAAAGACAGAGAGAUGAUGGCACAAAUGAGAAUAAAGAAGAAAACAAUCCUGAAAACACCAAGGAAAGUGAACAUAACACACCAGUAGAACACAGAAGCGAAAAUCUGAGGAAAAGAUCAAAAGGAGAGGACACACCUCUCAGCAAAAAGGAGGAGCAGAAAGAAAGUUCUUCCAAAAAUAAAGUUCAAGAAGAGUUAAGAAGAAUAAACAAUAAAAAAAAUUGUCUGACCCCACCUUGGAACAGACCUGUGAAAUCAACUGCCAAAUUCCACAAACUUUACAAUCCUGAAAAUGAUGAUCUUUUAUAAAAUGGUCUUUCUAUUUCUUGUCCUUCCUCUCCUCCAUUUUCUCAUGUUUCUCUUUUAAUAAGUGAUUGAUGUGAUACUUAGAUUUUACAUGUGAUCAGAUGACCUAAUACAUUAUAGAAAUCGAUUACCUUUAUGCCAGUUGACAUGUUAUUAAGUAUUUGUUAGUAUAUACGUAGAAUCUGUACCUCAUUUAAAGUGAUUGUUUAAUUGACUAUAACAGUAUUUAGAAGUUUUAAAAUAAUUUCAUAAUUUUCCAUUUAUUGUAACCAAUCAAAAUUUAAUGUAUAUUUAAGUUUAAUGUUAUUUAUUAAGUAAACAUGCAUUCCUUCAUUUCCCCAUAAUCAAUUAUUUAUCGAGAAUCGAUAACAAAAAUAGGUUUCUGUUCAAUAAAGAUUUUUAAAUAAG